UUGAGGUUAUAAAAUGAGCAUGUGAAUGUGCAAUGUGAUGUGAUUUUGAUAUGCCGGAUAAGCCGAAUGUACAGUGAUAAGAUUAAUUCCGAAGAUCAGCUUUAAGAUUGUUUAAUAGUGGACUCAUAUGCCUGAUCUACUGUUCGAUUAACUUGCAAUGAAAUAAUCCAUAAUACAUGAACUUCCAAUGUUAUAAAUGCAGGCAGUAAGCGAUUCUUAGUGUAACUUUGCCGUUUCAGCACAUCUCCAAAGCUACAGCAGUCUUUUAGUAUUUCUAUCUAAGUUGCUCCAACAUUUUGUCUUCACAAGUGCUCCAGGAUAAGGUCCUUGCUAUUUUCUACCUUGUUCGAAAGAGCUAUGAUAAAGUACAGUGGAACAUUGCAGCCUCUUUUACGAGGUACCAUUCCAUCUGGCCUUGGCUUACCUCAGAGUUUACCGGACUUAUGCGUAAAUAUUUGUCAAUCCAUUCAAUCUAGGAACUCUAGAAGUUUUUUGUGCUUGAAUCGAUUCACCACCUCUUCAGAAUCAAGAGUUAGGAACAAUUCCAAAGAUGAGGGUAAAACUCCCAAGAAGAAAAGGCUGGACUCAAAAGAAAUGCUAGAUAAUGCAGCAACAUUUGAAAAUAUUGAUACCAUCGGAGAUGAUCAAAAUUGGACCACCAGUCCUUACCCUAAAGGUUCAGAGCGCAUCAAACGCCGAUCUCAGGCAUCCUAUUCGCUGCGUCCGAACAUGGAUCCUCGUCAAACGUCUAUUCUUCUGUUUCCUGGUCAGGGAACCCAAUUUGUGGGUAUGGGUAAAAAACUGAUGAAUUUUCCAGUAGCUAGAGAUCUGUUUGAUUAUGCCAAUGAAAUUCUGCAGUAUGAUUUGAAGAAAUUAUGUUUAGAAGGACCAAUCGAAGAACUAUCAAAAACAGUGCACAGUCAACCGGCAAUCUUUGUUUGCUCGCUGGCAGCUGUAGAAAGACUCAAAGAAGAACAACCUACUGCUAUAGAAAAUUGUAUGGCAGCUGCAGGCUACAGUUUGGGUGAAAUUUCAGCCCUCACUUUUGCAGGGGCAUUGACGUUCGAAAGAGCUUUGAUGCUUGUAAAAGUUCGGGCAGAGGCAAUGCAGCUGGCAUCUGAAAUGGCUCCAGGAGGCAUGGCAACUAUUUUUUACGGACCAGACCAUAAACUUGGCCUUGCUCUAUCUAAAGCUCGGGAUUGGUGCGCUGAAAGAGGAAUUGAAGGUCCGGUGUGCUCGGUUGCAAGCUAUCUGUAUCCAGACUGCAAAGUCAUUGCUGGUCAUGAAGAGGCUUUAAGAUACAUUGAAGAGAACAAAGCCCUGUACCGAAUUAAACGAGUGCAAAGGCUGCGAGUCAGUGGAGCGUUUCACACGGAUCUGAUGAAACCUGCAAUCGGACCUUUUGUUGAAGCCUUGAGGUCCGCUGGUACCAGUGAUCCAUUUGUAUCAGUCCAUUCAAAUCUCGACGGAAAGCGAUACAACGAUGCCAAACAGGUUUAUAUGCAAUUACCAAAACUUCUCUACAAACCAAUCAAAUGGGAACAAACACUACAUGUUCUCUAUGAACGGCCUCAGGGCUCAUACUUCCCAAGAACUUUUGAGUGUGGCCCCGGUGAAACUUUGAAGAGUAUUUUACAGAAAGUCAAUUUACUAGCUUGCAGGAAUUUCGAAAAUAUAGGAGUGUAAGUUUACAUCAAAGGCAGCUGAAAUGCUUGUUAAUAUCGGGGUAUCCUUGAAAUUUAAUCAAAGAACCUGAAAAAUUCUCUGACUUCAAGAAUACCACACAUGCAAUAUUUCAUCAAAGUUUAGCAGAGCCAUGCUCAAUUGUUGCCUUCACUAUUUUGGGGAGCCCCUAUCUCUGAUGGCUCAUGCAAAAGAAUCAGAUUACUUUCACUUGUCUAUCAGAUUAUUUUGAAUGGCUAAAAUAACAUAUGUAUCUUGACAGAGAUCAAGAUAGGAAUAUUAAAAUUUAUUUAUAAUGCAACCAAACAAUUUUGUGUAACAAUUCAAGUUUUUAAUAAGAGAACUUUAAAUGAUUGACACCUGUACAUUUUUUUUUUUUUAGCUUUAAUGAAUUUGUCUAUUGCUAGGUACUCAAUGUUCUGUUUUCUCACCGUGAAAAAUAAAAAAUAAUUUUGCCAGAUUUUAUGUUUGGUUAUGUUUGUAGACGAAUUGUUAUCCAAACGCAUGAUCUCGUAUUUUUAAGUUUGUCAAAAUCAUAAAGAUUCUAUGAUUUCUGUGGAAGAUUCUGUGUGAACAGCAGUGAAGCAACUAAAAUCUCGAUCGUAACUUGCAUUUCUAGGCAUUAACUUUCAGCAGUUUUUAUUUUAGAUCUUGGAUUAUUCCUCCCUCCACAUUGCAUUUAUUUGUCCAUUAAUCUAUUUUUUAUAAAGCAAUUAGAGAGAUUUCUAAGUGCCUAAAUAUAGAUCAGUACAAAAUCAGCUUGAGUUAAUUUUAAUCUCGCAUCUCUGCUGUAUGGUUGUUCUUUUUUCUGAGCUAGAAAUCACGGACUAAUUUUAUCAAAAUCCUAUAGACCUGAUAUUCCUGUUAAGAGUUCUUCAAGGGUGCCGAAAGUUCUUAGCCUUCCCAUUUUCCAAACUGGCUUCUCCAUAUUCCCAAGAUGUUUCAUAGCUAUGACCUUUUAUUAUCCUGUUUUCACAAAUUGGUAUGAUAUUAUGAAAAAGGCGCAAAUCUCUUCAUGAUUUUACAAAAAACAUUUUUCAUAAUUCUAUGUAAACAUGGAAAUUUCUUUGAAAUUGUUUGAAAAACACGUAAAUACCAUGACUUUGAUGCUACUGCAAGCUGGCUUUUCCAAUUUUUGCAGCCCUCCCAUUUUUUUAUGAGAACAGCCAUCUGAUCAUAAUCGUUUGAUCGGGAAGUUUCUACACCCCUGCAGCUCUUGAGUAUUAGGUAUCUACGUUUAUCACCGAAUAGUAACUUUUUUAAAAUGUGUCCUCUGGAGUUGACUGAAAGUUAUAAGGCACUCUUGCAUAAUAUGUAUUUUCCCUCAAUAUUGACUGAAUUAAAACUCCUUUUAUUUAAAUGAGAAGGACUCAGUUUAGUUAUCAAUAAACAUCCAACUGCCCAACCACCCAUUUUUUCGGCGGUGUUUAAUUUUUCUCCCCGAUUGUUGUCCGACAGUAAAGGCAGCUGGCACGAGACUUGUGCUUCAGCGCCAUGCCUCGCAUUGUACCCACGACAGCUUUUUAAUGUUGUUUGUUAAGUUGGGCUCUGACUGGGUAUGACCAGUUACUGAGUGGUGAUUCUUUUAAGUUGAGAAAACUGUUUUUUCUCUUUUUAAAUGUAUGUUAAAGAAUUAAAUCUAGGUGCGGCAGCCUGUCUCACCUAGAACCGACGUAUUCAAUGGAUAUAAAUGGAGAAAAAACAGUAUUGCCAACUUGCAGGAAUCGCCUCCUUCGCACCUGCCUCCGCUGAGUACUCUCCCCCUCUCAGUCUUGCACUGAAAUUUAUUAGAUUUCAUGUUACUGUAAUUAUAAUUUUUGGUAUUUCUAGCUUUAAUUUUUCCUGAAUUUAGUACGAACCUAAUACUAUUCUAUCAUCCUGGUGCAGUAUUCGGGCUACGUUUUAAAUUUUUUAUUUUCUUUUAUCAAUAAAUUAGCAUAAUCCAUGCCCUGAAUAUAACUGUGAAGUUUUUCUCUUUCAAUAUUGUACUGCUAAUUCGCCAAAAUGUCCUCAGAAAACAAGAAGAAUACCUUGAAUUGUGUGAUUGGUCAACAAAGACCAAUGAGUAAAAUUUCAGUUUUGUUUGAGAAUUUAGUGCUGGAAUAGUUGAAGUUUGAAAAAAACUUAAUGUGGUUUAGGAUGAAGACUUAUUGUGGUAAAGCAAUACAAAAAACCUGGGAAUCUCUCAAAUUUUACAUGAAUAAACAAAACUGCAAGACAUU